AGCGCGAGCAGGUUGCCCCGCAUUACGUCGUCCGGAUAGAGAAGAGAGGCUUGAAAAGAGAGCAAUCGCACUGUCUCUCGAUACCCUGCAUCACCCUGCAGCCGGCGGCUAUAAUAACGGACUAAAGAUGAACUGAAACUGCGCGAUGUACGAGUUUUUCAUUUCUCCCUCACCGGGACACGAAGAAGACAGUUCGAUCGCGUGACAAGAAAAGUAGUGCAUGGUGGAAAAACGACGGGAGAAAAAAGUCGAGAGCGAGGAGAAAGAGAAGACUAAUCACCCUCUCUUUCUCUCUGCUGGAAGAAUUUUUUUUUCAUAUUCUCCGGUUACAUCCAGAAAUGCUCUCGAAUGCGUGAAAAUGUAUCGCGAGGGAUACAAAAAAUUCUCGCGAUAACUCUCGUGUGUGCACCGUGGAAGAAAAACGAUCUCUUGGUGAACAGGUAUACGGGGAGGAAGAGAGGGAAUCGGAGUGACCAGGCAAGUCGCACGUCACAUUAAAUCUUGAUCUCACCUGGGCGAGUAGAGGCGAGUCCCUCCCGACCGCGGGCGGGAAACAGUGGGGGUAAGGCUAGUCUGGGUGAGCUUUGAAACCCUGAGCGGAAGGCAAUCCGCUCGAAUCCGACGGAGCGCGAGCAAGUUACCCCGGUGACGUAGUCCUCGUCGGCUGUCAUUGGAGAAGGGAGUCCCUCAUAGGCGGAAGAAGCGAGAGGGCAAUCGACACGCGAAAAAGAGCACGUAGAGGGGAAGAGAAGGUGGCAGAGGAAGAGAAGAAGGAGAGGACGUGGCCACGAGCUUCGUCGAGAAGGCGCUUGCGCCCCAACAUUCCGCGCCUUCGACUCCUCGACUAGGCUCGAGUGUCGCGACGACGUAAAAGCUCGCGUCGCGAUGCUUCGUGAUCGUCAUCGCGCGAGCAGACAAGAAAUCCGCUAAUCAAAUCCGUGGAACUCGUGUGUGUCACGUGACAGGUCGCGCGAAACAUGUUUAUGCAGUUGGAGAACGGUAGCUGAUGGAGAAUGAUGAUGUUGCUCUCAUAAGUGUACACGUGACAAGUGAACGGUUGAGGGGGACCAAGUGAAGAUUUUGGAGACAAAUGGGAACUGCGGUUGACCGACGAGGAAUACGGUGGGAAUGUAUAUCGAACUUGAGUAUAGUCAUCCCUUAUCGUGUCUGUGCGAAAAUAGAGGAGGAGUAACAAGUUCGACGAUCGCGCGAUUGACAGAUGACUGCGAAACCAUAUUACUAACUUUACUGUGAAAAUGUCCGUGCAACGGUAUCGUUCGACGCAUAAUGAAAGGCGCGAAUAUUCUUAGCCGUUUACUCCGAGGGCGAAAAUUCCCGGAUGACACGUUAAUUCGCGCCCGAGGACAUUUAUCGACCUUUCGAUCGCACGUUGAAUCCACGGGGGAAGAAUCGACGCAAAAAAUCUGUUGGAUGCAAAGAUAGACACGAGAAGGAAGAGCGAGCAAGGGAGAGGGAGAAGAAGCCGUUGCGCUGAACGAGGAGGGGGUGGAGGUGAGAUCGUCUGGUGAUGAUGAUCGGUGGCGGCGUCGCGACCCCUCCUGGUACUGCCAAGUCGGCUGCUGCGAUCGACAGCGAAAUGGUGCAGGUCGACGGCAUUGGCAGUGGUAGUGUCAGUGGCAGUGCUAGUGGUAGUGGUAGCCCUGCGACGGGCGCGACCACCACGCGACUCGCAAAUAGCAACAACAGCAACAACAAUAGUAGCAGCAACAACAACAAUAAUAACGGGGAAAUUAGCAAUAACAAUAACAACAACAAUAAUAACGAUGGACACGCGGUCGCGAAUUGCGCCGGCAACACAACCGCUUCGGGGACGAGCGACAAGUUUUGCUGCCAGGACGAGGAUGUGCCCAUCAGCACCGGCGUUGCUCGACCUUGGGAACCACCGUCGCCGACCUUCUCCCAGACCAGAUCGCAUUUGCUGCAGAUCCAUCCGCCGCAUCAUCAUCAGCAUCCGGCGGCGCAUCAUCAUCAGCAGAUGAAUGUACCGGUCUCUUUAAUCGAUGGCGUAAACUUGCAAAAUUGCACUGCGGGUCCGUUUGCGAGUGGAAAUAAUGGCGGUGCAUCGCGACAACGUUUAAUCGAAUUGUCUCACGGAUUAGGAGCACUAAGGCACUAUAACGAUCUUGCCAAUCACGUGUUGUCUUUAAAUCAGCAGGGUGCCGUCGUCACGAAACUUUUAGGUACCCUGCGUCCGCCGGGUCUGAUCGGUGGCAGUAAGCCAAAAGUAGCGACACCGGCUGUCGUCGCCAAAAUCGAACAGUAUAAAAGGGAGAACCCGACCAUCUUUGCCUGGGAAAUUCGGGAGAGGCUAAUCUCGGAGGGGGUUUGCAGUAACGCGACCGCGCCGUCGGUCAGCAGCAUCAACCGGAUACUGCGGAAUCGCGCGGCGGAGCGCGCGGCAGCGGAAUUCGCGCGGGCCGCCGGUUACGGGCUGUACGCGGCCGCCGGCCCGCAUCCGUACUUCAAUUCGCACCAGCAUCCGACGACGAGCCAUCAUCUGCCGGCGGGUUGGCCGGCGCCGACAGGCGCGGCUGGUCAUCCGUGGAUGCUGCCGCCUCUCGCGACCGGCAUUUCCGGCGCCGCCGCGUCCGCGCUGCUUCUGCCGCCGUCCCUGAGUCCGGGUGCAGCCGCAGCCGCGGCCGCGGCCGCGUCCGCGUCCGCUGCCGGCAGCUCCGAGCACGCGCUUCAUGCCGCCGAUGUGAUCGCGCGAGGAUACCUGCAAGACGGUGACGGGGAUGACGGAAGUUUAGAUGGUUCGGAGCAGCCCAAGUUCCGACGUAACCGCACGACUUUCAGCCCGGAACAGCUCGAGGAGCUCGAAAAGGAGUUCGAGAGAUCGCAUUAUCCUUGCGUGUCGACGCGCGAGCGUCUCGCGUCGAAAACGUCACUUUCGGAAGCGCGCGUUCAGGUUUGGUUUUCCAACAGACGGGCAAAGUGGCGUCGUCACCAGCGCAUGAACCUCUUAAAGCGCUCGCCACCACCGCCUCCACCGCCACCGCAGCCGCAGCCGCAGCCGCAGCAGCAACCGCACUCCGCUACGUCCGCUAUGGAAAUCGGCCAGCGUACAUCCGGUUGCUCCAUCGCCGGCAUGGGCGGCGAAAGUAGCGCGUUUCGCGCGGUCGUCGCCAAUUCCGCGAAUACCAGGGACGCGAAUCUCGACAGAUCCGAGAGGAUCGACAGGUUGGACUCGGUAACGAAGCAACCGGAGAGGAAACCCAGCGCCUUCCGGAUGAUCAGUCAGCUGGUGGGCGACGACUCAUCCGGACUCUCGAGACCGGCGAGUCCUGUAUACGAACGACACGGAUUUGGUCCUAGACCGGGAUCGGCUCACAGGAUACGCUACGAUCAGAACGAGGACGAGGACGAGGAGAUCGACGUACAGGAUUCCGAUCAGGAUGCGCCGUCGUCGCCGCCGGUUGCCUGGAGGGAUCACUGGACGGAUCAACAACCGUUGGAAUUGACGAAGCACGAUCGUUAAAUGAGGUGUGAUUAUAUUAUAUCGUCAGUUCGGACACGAAUGAGACAUUUUGGGGUGAGCUGGAGAUCGAGAUAUCUAUGAUAUUUAUUUAUGUAUCUUAAUCGGGAUAAAUCGCGCAAAAUCGUGUAAUUCUGUCAGUGCUCGAGGUGGAUCGUAAAGUGAAUCGAGAAGUGAAAAGGUGGACAAAAAUUCUUUUCUUCUUAUGGUGCUCGGAUUAUAGUGAGAUUAGCUAACCGUGAAAUAUGUUUGUUGAUCCGAAACAUCGACGAUCGUUCAAUUUUCGUGCGAUAGAUCGAUAACGUGCUGCAUCGACAAUGAACUGCAUCAUUGGCAAUUAUAUGCACAACAGCGCGUGUUCUUAAGUAUAUUCUCUCUCUUUUUUCUUUCUUUAUUAUCGGGCUCGGAUUUUCUUUCUAUCGGUUGAAAUCUUAAACGCCUAUGGAACUAUACUUAUUACAAACACGGACAAUUUCUUACAAUUAUAAUUGCGAGUAUAUAACUGCUGCGAUCUGUGUAAUAUUAAAACGCAACAUCAUCAGUGUCACUGUAAUUAUUGUUGUAGAUUAUGUAGGCGAUCAAAACGCAAACGCUACUAAUUCGCUCAAAUCUGCCUGUGGAGUCGCUCGUUGCGAAUCAAAAAUAAAUUUUGAUAUUACGAGCAAAGAGUGAGAUUAUUCGAGCUCAUUCGGAACUAGUCCUAGCGAAUCAUUAUGAAUUAGAAGGUGUGCAUUAUCUAAAUAUUUGAAAUAGACGUAAGCGAAAACACAGAUAAUCCUGUAUGAAAUGUCUAUUAAAAUAACGUUUAAUAAGAUGUAUUUAAAUGAAUCCUGUUAAAGUAACGUAUUUAAAUGAAAAUCUGUUUUUUUUGUAAAU